AUGGAAAACGUAGCAGUUGAUCACUUAUCGCGACUAGAGAACCUGCAAUUGAAAGAAUUAGAAAAAAACAAGAUUGGAGAUGAUUUUCCUGAAGAGUAUCUUAUGGCCAUAGCGGGCCCACCGGAGGACAUCAUGGAGCAUAAUAUACGGCUAAACAGAUUUUUGAUAUGGAACGUCGUGUAUAAGGAGUUAGUCAUUGAGUUUCAGGUCACGGUUUCUUUUGCAUGGGAGGAUGGAAUAUUAGUUGAAGACAACCUUUCCUUUUUCCUUGGUGGAGAAAGGCGUACUUUAAGCCUUGCUGAUUUUACUCUAAGGACACAUAUUUAUCUUCCAUCUGAGGUCUAUUCUAAAGCCUAUCAACAAUAUAUUGUUGGAUGUGUUCAGAUUACCAAGGAGUUCAAACCGGAAGCACAUUGGAAUGAAAUAGCAAAUGGUGCUUACGAUAAGAGGACUGCACAACAAAGUGACAUUCGCUCUCUCUUCAUCAUCUUUUGCACCGGAUUAUCACAAACACCUUUUAUCAGAGACAUGAGGAGGACAAGAAAAGAUAGCCGAGGUUCUCCUCUUUAUGGAGGUAUGUUGAUAACUUGUCUUGCACACUCUUUUGGAGUCCUUGAUAAACGCAAAGCCGUGUUAUUGAAUUUGGAGCUCCAUAAGCCUUUCUCUACACUACUUUAUAAGCGGGCAACAAUCGUUGUUGAUCAUGGGAUGGGUGAUUUUUCUAUUCUUGAUGAUACUUCAUGA